UCCGGAACACGACCACAUUCCGCUGGUCCUGCCUUGACUGGCGUGACCGUAACCCAAUAAGAAUGGACGGCUGAGUCCCGCAGAGCCAAUGGCCAAAAUCCGAGGGGCGGUGGAGGCGGACUCUGUGAGGAAACAAGAAGACAGGCCCAAGAUGGAGGCGCUGGAGGCUGUAGCGGUGUGACAGAAGACCCAUGGCAUCUGCCAAGCCCCACCUCAGUCCAUCUUGACAAAGUCUUAGGCUCCAUGGAGCCACCUCGGGGGCCCCCUGCUAACGGGGCCGAGCCAUCCCGGGCAGUGGGCACUGUCAAAGUGUAUCUGCCCAACAAGCAACGCACGGUGGUGACUGUCCGGGAUGGCAUGAGUGUCUACGACUCUCUAGACAAGGCCCUUAAGGUGCGGGGCCUCAAUCAGGACUGCUGUGUAGUCUACAGACUCAUCAAGGGGAGAAAAACUGUCACUGCCUGGGACACAGCCAUUGCCCCCCUGGAUGGAGAGGAGCUCAUUGUGGAGGUCCUGGAAGAUGUGCCGCUGACCAUACACAAUUUCGUCCGUAAGACGUUCUUCAGCCUGGCCUUCUGUGACUUCUGCCUUAAGUUUCUGUUCCAUGGUUUCCGCUGCCAAACGUGUGGCUACAAGUUCCACCAGCAUUGUUCCUCCAAGGUCCCCACAGUCUGCGUGGACAUGAAUACCAACCGCCGACAGUUCUACCACAGUGUCCAGGAUUUGUCCGGAGGCUCCAGACAGCACGAAACUCCCUCAAACCGUCCCCUGAAUGAGCUGUUCACGCCACAGGGUCCCAGCCCCCGCGCCCAGCACCGUGAGCCAGAGCACUUCCCGUUCCCUGCCCCGGCUAAUGCGCCACUGCAGCGCAUCCGUUCCACAUCCACUCCCAACGUUCACAUGGUCAGCACCACAGCCCCGAUGGACUCCAGCCUCAUGCAGCUCACUGCCCAGAGUUUCGGCACCAAUGCUGAUGGUGGUAGAGGUGGUGGUGAUGGAGGCCCCCGGGGGAGCCCCAGUCCAGGCAGCGUAUCCCUGGGGAGGAAGUCACCACAUUCCAAGUCACCUUCAGAGCAGCGGGAGCGGAAGUCCUUGGCCGAGGAAAAGAAGAAAGUGAAGAACCUGGGGUUCCGGGACUCGGGCUAUUACUGGGAGGUGCCACCCAGUGAGGUGCAGUUGCUGAAGAGGAUCGGGACAGGCUCCUUUGGCACUGUGUUUCGUGGGCGGUGGCAUGGUGACGUGGCCGUGAAAGUGCUCAAGGUAGCCCAGCCCACUGCUGAGCAGGCCCAGGCCUUCAAGAAUGAGAUGCAAGUGCUCAGGAAGACCCGCCAUGUCAACAUCUUGCUGUUCAUGGGUUUCAUGACCCGGCCAGGAUUUGCCAUCAUCACACAGUGGUGCGAGGGCUCCAGCCUCUACCACCACCUGCAUGUGGCUGACACGCGCUUCGACAUGGUCCAGCUCAUUGACGUGGCCAGGCAGACUGCCCAGGGCAUGGACUACCUCCACGCCAAGAACAUCAUCCACCGAGACCUUAAGUCUAACAACAUCUUCCUACAUGAGGGGCUCACAGUGAAGAUCGGUGACUUCGGCCUGGCCACGGUGAAGACGCGGUGGAGUGGGGCCCAGCCCCUGGAGCAGCCCUCAGGCUCUGUGCUUUGGAUGGCAGCGGAGGUGAUUCGCAUGCAGGACCCGAACCCCUACAGCUUCCAAUCAGAUGUCUAUGCCUACGGGGUUGUGCUCUAUGAGCUCAUGACCGGCUCACUGCCUUACAGUCACAUCGGCAGCCGUGACCAGAUCAUCUUCAUGGUGGGCCGAGGCUAUCUGUCGCCAGACCUCAGCAAAAUCUCUAGCAACUGCCCCAAGGCCAUGCGGCGCCUGCUGUCUGACUGCCUCAAGUUCCAGCGAGAGGAGCGGCCCCUCUUCCCACAGAUCCUAGCCACGAUCGAGCAGCUGCAACGGUCACUCCCCAAGAUUGAACGGAGUGCCUCCGAGCCCUCCUUGCACCGCACCCAGGCUGAUGAGUUGCCUGCCUGCCUCCUCAGCGCAGCCCGCCUUGUGCCUUAGACUACACCUCCAGUCACCAGGGAGCCGCCCUCAGCUCUCCUGCCAAGGAGCCCUGCCCACCAGCCAAUCAAUGUUCGUCUCUGCCUCAGUACUGCCUCAGGAUCCCCCAUCCCCUCCCCUCAGAGAUGCGGGAUCCCUAAGUGCUCUUCCACUUUCUCUGGAAUCGGAGACCCCCCUAAAGACUGAGAUCCCUGCCUCCUCCGUAGUUUGGUUUCUUUUUGGCUUUGGGGAUACUUCUAAAUUUGGGGAGCUGCUCCAUCUCCAAUGGCUGGGAUUUGUGGGAGGGAUUCCACUCAGAACUUCUUUGGAAUUUGUGCCUGAUGUGCCUUCACUGGAUUUUGGGGUCCCCAGCACCCCAUGUGGAUUUGGGGGUCCCCUAUGUCUCCCUUGCCAUUCAAGGACUCCCCUCUUCCUUCACCAAGAAGCACAGAAUUCUGCUGG